UGAGUUAAUUAACUGAGGCUUUUUAGUGGCCAGCUUAUGGUUAAUGACUGAAUUUCAACGUUGAAAAGUGCUUGUGAGCCUAGGCCUAGGUUUAAAAAAAAAUUACGGGGCGGAAUUCAUUGUAAUCGGGUAUUGGUUUACAUGGUGUUGAAUAACUGCUUAGCUAUAUCAUUGUAUCAUGACCGCAAACCCAUGUUUGAUGUUUAAAACCAGUCAUGUGAGCCCAGCGUGGCCCCGAUAGUAACCUAUUCUUCGACUAGAGUUUAGACCGAAGCUCUGAGGAGGCGGCAUAGGCCUAGAAGUGAUUAGGCCUAUGGCUUAAUUUCCUUAAGCCCUUAAAAACAAUUUCCAAUUUAAGAUGGUUUAGCACUUCAUUUGAAAGCCUUUUUGCAUCCUAUAGAUAAGAAAAUUGAUUUUUAAGCCUAUUUGCAUCCUACAUAAGAAAAGUGAUAGCCUAGGCCUAAUACCUGUGUUUUGGUGGAGUUACUUUAUAUUUUGAAGAUAUCAAAGACUUUAAAAUGUCUGACCGUUCGUCUCAACACAGUACCACCUCCCACGAACAAUUGUCGCAGGAUGUCGUCCGAAGACUCGGUGAGGAAGAUCCGCUCACCGAUACGGCGCCGUUGUAUUCUCAGGAGAGAGGAGGAUGUUUGGGCAAAAGGCACCUGUUGGCUUUCAUGGGAUUCCUUGGUUUUGCAAAUGUGUAUGCUAUGCGAGUUAAUUUAUCAGUUGCCAUUGUCGCUAUGGUGAAUAACACUGCUAUACCUCACGCAAACAAGUCCAUCUCUGAAGAAUGCGAGUUUCCUGGUGACAAUUCUACGCUACCAUCAAAGGAUGGUGAAUUUGUUUGGGACGAAAGUGAACAAGGACUAAUCUUAGGGUCCUUCUUUUACGGCUAUGUUUUGACCAAUUUCCUGGGAGGUCGUUUAGGAGAACUUAUUGGUGGAAAAAUUGUGUUUGCUGUAGGAGUGUUAGUCACUUCAAUUUUAACCCUCCUCACUCCAGUAGUUGCCUACACAAACAUCACACCACUAAUAGUUACUCUUCGUAUUUUAGAAGGGUUAGGGGAGGGAGUGACGUUCCCCGCUAUGAACUCUUUGAUGGCCAGAUGGAUUCCUCCCCUAGAACGAAGUAAAAUGAGUGCUUAUGUGUAUGCAGGUGCCCAGUUUGGAACGGUUGUGUCCUUGCCAAUUUGUGGCCUCCUGUGUCAGUCGGACUUUUUGGGAGGAUGGCCCUCGGUAUUUUAUGUCUUCGGAGUGCUUGGUCUCCUGUGGUUCAUCUUUUGGAUGCUUUUGAUAUCAAAUACACCAGAAUCUCAUCCUACUAUAUCUCUGGAGGAAAAAAUCUACAUACAAACAACUUUGAAUGAUGCUUUGAAGGCAAAGACCCCAAAGAUUCCAUGGAAACACAUACUCACAUCCAUGCCAUUUUGGGCCAUCUUUGUAGUUCACAUUGCACAAAACUGGGGAUUCUAUUUUCUCCUUACUGAACUUCCAACAUACAUGAAAAAUAUAUUGCACUUCAGUUUAGCUAAUCAAGGUUUUAUGUCUGCUUUGCCAUAUUUUGUUGGUUGGAUAUUCAGCAUAUGUGCAGGGCUGAUUGCUGACAAACUUCGUACAACUGGUGUUCUAUCUACAACAGCAACAAGAAGAAUUUUCAACAGUAUAGGUUUUUACGGUCCCAUGGUAUGCCUUGUUUUGGUUGGGUACGCAGGCUGCAAUAAAAAUGCGGCCAUAGCUCUCCUGUGUGGUGCUGUCGGGCUUAAUGGAGCCGUGUAUUCAGGUUACAUGAAUUCCCACUUGGAUAUCGCUCCAAAUUUUGCUGGAACAUUGAUGGGAAUUACAAAUACUGCAGCAACAGUGCCAGGAUUUUUGGCUCCUCAGAUUGUGGGAAUCCUCAUUACUGGCAAGCAAACCGUCUCACGAUGGCAACUUGUCUUCUGGAUCGCAGCCAUUGUUUAUUUUGUUGGAAACACUUUCUAUGUCAUUUUUAUUUCUGGAGAACAACAGCCAUGGAAUGAUCUACCAGCCAAUCAAGGUAGUACAUCAGUGAAGGAGAGGGAGGAACAGGUAGGUCAGUAUGGAUCCAUUCCUGGUCAGAAUCAGAACCAGCUAGCAGCAUCUGAUUCCAUUGAAGCACAAAGAGAUCAUUCGCAUAUUCCUGAGGUGUUUUAAGUGCUUUGCUCAGUGGCAUUUUACUUUUUGCACUUUACGAAUGUAAGCUGUACAAUAUUCCCCCAUCAACACUGACCUCUAGAUAACUGAAAUUGAUAUAAAAUAUGUGUCGUCUAGGAGUGCUAUGUAGUGUAAUGAUACUCCUAUGUAGUGUAAUGAUUACAACCAGUUUGCAGGGAAAAGCAUGCCAAUUAAUGUAAUUUUAGAUUGUGAAUAUUAAGAGUUUGAAAUUGGACUGUGAUAAAUACACUUACUUAAAAACUGAUUAAGUUUUGUAGCAAUGGAGGUUUUAAUUGGUGCAUACUAUCUUGUCUUUUGUAACUUUAUUUGAAUGUUAAUGAGCAUGUUUCAUGAUUACUUUUACAUCCUACAUGAAAUAUCCUCGUUGUGCACAAUUUCAGAAUUGUAAAGCCCUUUUUUAGAAAGUGUUAUGUAUUUCAAUCAUUUAUGUCUCAGGCUGCAGAGCUCAGUUCUUGUUGAAAUAGCUUUCUGAUUCCAAUGUAGCUGCCAAAUCAUUUUGACGGUGAAAUGACACGAAGUAUUAGUUCUGUUUUCUGACAAGGAUAUAAUUAGUAUCUUGCAAAUGAACUGGACUCAGGGUUGAAACUUAUCACAUGAUUGUGAGCAGGUUACAUUAGCCUUUUAAGUUUACUUUUAAGGAUAUGUUAAUUUCUUUUCUUAGGUUUUGAACUACAAAAUAGUACUCCUUUUUAAAAUUUCCAAAAACAAGCAGCAGCUAGUACAGAAAGAUUUCCUUAUAACACUGCUUUCAACAAGCAUUGCAAAUGUAGUUUGUCUUUCAGGCUGGUUUUAGGAUUAUCACUUUUAUUUAUAGAACUGUCAUUGUUAGAAAUAUACAGCAGAGUGAACAAUGGUUGCAUUGUGAAUAAUUUUAAGAUUUUGUUGUUAAUAGAUUAUUUUUUAAGGUUUGGAUCUGCAUCAGUUAGGAAUUCAAUUUGUAAACUUAUUUUGUUCCGACACGGCAUACAAACCUUCGGUCCUUUUACAAUAGGAAGGUACUAGCGGCAGCUGGAUAGGUCGUAAGCUUUCGAACAAGGGGUUCGGUAGUUAACUGCUUGUCCGACAGGCGCGCGCGCGCGACUGGUAGGUAAACAAAUCACUUUUUGCUUUCGGCCUGCUGGCGUGUGGACGUGUAUCAUCGCUCUCUGCCCGCUUUAUCGUCGUUGCUUUCGCAUGGUUGUGUUUUUCUUUUUCUAUUUAUCUAGUGAAACUGAAUUGUAAGUACAAUCAUUUCAUAUUUAUUUCCAUUGAAUUCAAUUGUGAAUUAAAGGAUCUUGGUUUCACCACGCCCUCCGAUUACCCGAGUGCCGGGACUGAAGGGCGUAAGUGCGGGAAUUCAUUUUCCCAGAAAUGAUCCUCGUAUUGUGUAUGCUCGGUGCCGAGGGCGGGAGAGCGCUCGCUCCGAGCGUAUAUUUUGGUUGGAAAUGUGUAGAUGAAAAUCGUAAGUAAGUGCUCUUUUCAUUUAUAUUUUUUUUUGACCUGUAUGCUCGUUGCCGAGCGAAUGCGCUCGGCACGGAAACUUAUUCUGUAUGGAAGUGGAAUCGCAAGUACAGUAUUCUUUUUCAUUUUCAUAUAUUUAUUUUGAUUGUAGCAAUACUCAUUUUGGAUCAGUUUCCGAGCUUACCUGGAAAUUGAUCUUUUCCCCUUUUUAUUUGAAUGAAGUGAAAUCGCAAGUGCAGUUCUUUUUCAUUUUCAUAUUUUAUUGAGAUUGCAUUGUUUACUGGGAUCAAUGUUUCCGCUAUUUACCGGGAAUUGAUCCUUCCCCUUUUUAUUUGUAUGAAGUGAAAUUGCAAGCGCAGUAUUCUUUUUCAUUUUCAUAUAUAUAUUGAUUGCAUCAAUUCAUUAUGGAUCAAGGUUUCCAUAAACCUUGAUCCAUAAAGGUAAGGAAUGGAUCCUUUUACCCUUGCGCUCGGUACCGAGG